UAAACAUGCCCAAGUAAUCCGAGGCUAUAAAUUGCUUCUCUAUCUUCCCACUGGACUUUACUUUUGACGACGCUGCAUAUUUCUCCCGAAGUUUCGAUUCUGCUCCCGCCCUCCUGCAAAUCCCACAUUCUGACGCUCUCUCAUCUUUAACAACCUCUUAUUAUUAAUAUGUGCUUCCAAUUCCUAUUGUAAUGGCUUCCUUUUUCUUCUCGUUGAUUUUCGUUUCUGGUUUGUUAUUGUUUCAUGCAGAAACAGUGAGAUGCACGGCUUCCGACGAUAACACCCCGAGUUCACCCGUAUCUUGCACGAACUCCUCAUCGCAGCACCGUCACAGGUGGACGGGCCCUAUCGGUUACCGUGUAAUCACCGUGGACUUGAACGGCACCGGGCAAUUCAUAUCAGUGCAAGCUGCCGUCGAUUCUGUCCCAGACAACAAUCGAAUGAACGUCGUCAUAAAUAUCAGCGCCGGAUACUACAUAGAGAAGGUGGUGGUGCCGGCGACGAAACCAUACAUAACGUUUCAGGGAGCGGGGAGGGACGUGACGGUGAUAGAAUGGCAUGACAGGGCCAGCGACCCUGGUCCCAACGGACAGCAGCUGCGUACUUACAGAACUGCUUCUGUUACUGUCUUCGCCAACUAUUUCUCCGCCAGGAAUAUCAGCUUUAAGAACACGGCGCCGGCGCCGAUGCCGGGAAUGCAGGGAUGGCAAGCGGCGGCGUUUCGGAUAUCGGGGGACAAGGCUUAUUUCUCAGGAUGCGGCUUCUACGGAGCACAAGACACUCUGUGUGACGACGCCGGCCGCCAUUAUUUCAAGGACUGCUACAUCGAGGGUUCCAUCGAUUUCAUCUUCGGCAAUGGCCGCUCCAUGUACAAGGAUUGCGUGGUGCACUCGAUAGCGACGAAAUUCGGGUCGAUAGCGGCCCACAAGAGGAAACACGUGGACGAGAAGACGGGCUUCACAUUCGUACGGUGCAGGGUGACGGGUACGGGCCCACUCUAUGUAGGCCGGGCCUUGGGCCAGUACUCCAGAAUCGUCUACGCUUAUACGUAUUUCGAUGACAUUGUUGCGCCCGAAGGUUGGGACGACUGGAACCAUGUGGACAACAAAAACAAGACCGUGUUCUUCGGAGUGUACAAGUGCUGGGGCCCGGGAGCCGCGGCGGCGCGUGGGAUGUCUCUGGCCCGUGAGUUGGACUUUGAAUCCGCCCAUCCGUUUCUCGUGAAGAGCUUCGUCAAUGGCAGACACUGGAUCGCGCCUUCUGAUGCUUAAUUUUAGUAUUUUACACACACUCUUCAUUUUUUCAUUCUUUGCAUGAAGCCCUGUUCUGGCAUAUACACUCUUUCUAGUUCAUUUGUAUAAUGAUUAUUCUUUGUCAUCUUCGAUGUAUUCAUUUUCCUGUACACACAUUGCUCCCACAAUAUGCAUCGUUUGGUUAUAUCCUUGUAGUAAAGAAAGAGAAGCCACGAGAAAUAAAGCGAAAGUUCCAUUU